CAUAAGAACCAUUGCCCUUCCUCCGACGACAUCCCCCGUCCUCUAAAAUCUCGAUCUCUCGACGCAAUUCUAUCACUAUUCGCUCUUCUUGGAAGGUGAAAUAUUUUGGGGACUUUGAGAUUUGGAUCAUCACCGUUCGCCGCCGUUGGAGCCAAGAAAAGUACGAAGGUCACAGUGUGCAUCAAUCUCAACGAGGCGGUGCUUAGUAGUAUAACAUUCGAAUACGACCAUGCUUCUAGGGUUCAACUUCAAUUUCUUGAAUUUUUGAAGAAAGAGUUCUGCCUAUGUCGGAAGACAUCAAGAAGAAAAUCAAUGACGACGACGACGAUAAAGGUAAAGUUAAUUGGGGUAAUUCAAGAACCACGCAACAAAACAGACCCUAUCAGCGCAAUAAAAAGGAAGAAGAAGAGAUGGGGCUUUGGGGGAUUCUCCUCUUCGGACUAGUCGGGGCUACUGCCACUACUCUCGCUGUUGGACAUAUGCGGAAGACGGUUGAUUGGGUUUACUCUCAGAUUACCAGGUCACAGUCAUGGAAAGGUGCCACUGGUCGAUCUUUUCGAUCAGGUUUUCAAGAGGAGGCUUGGAAAAGAUAUAAUCGUCGUAUGCAGGAGGAGUAUGAAGAGGAGCUGGAGAGAGUGGAGCGUAUAAGGCGCAUGCAAAGCGUGUUCAAUCGGGAAAAAAGUAAACACCAAAGGGGUUAUGAGAGUUGGAGGCAAAAUAAUGGUAAUGCAAAUGCAAGCGGAUAUCAUCAACAUUUUCAAAGGGAAGAUUGGUACUGGAAAACUGAAACAGCACAUGGAAAUAGAAGUAACUUUAGGGAACCUCGUACUCCUCGCUCCCCUAUAAAUUAUUCAUUGUCACACCAUUAUGCAAUCUUGGGUCUUAGCAGGUCGAGGACAAAACCGUACACAGAUGAUGAGAUUAAGACAGCAUUCAGGAGCAAGGCAAAGCAAUUUCACCCUGAUCAGAAUCAAGAAAACAAAGAUGUUGCUGAAGCAAGGUUCAAGGAGGUUAUGACAUCUUAUGAGGCCAUAAAGUCUGAAAGGAAAAACAUGAAAUAAAGAAGCUGUAGAAUGAUUAUGAAAUUCUUUUUUAUAGACAUUGUGUAACAUAUAUAUUAUAUAAAUCCCCCGAUGUAAUGUUUUGUGGGUUCUUGGGGAGUUAUUGUUCUUGACAAUUCAGUUGUUAUAUAGUUGCAAAAAGAGUAGUCAUAUGUUAGGCAAAAUAAAAUUUAGGUGAGAUUAGGAAAACUUUAUUACAACAUACGAUGAUGUUGGUUAUAUUUCUCCAUUUUUUAAACACUUGAGCUUUUAAAUUGUUCA